AUGCCUCACUACUUUGUCAUUGAUGCACGUGUCAGCAUGAGCAGAGAACAAAGUAUCUCGAUCUGGAGCAGUCCCCCCAUCCAUUCGUGCGGAGCGCAGCACCUCAUCACACAGCCUUAUCGUGAAAAAGCGCGGCGUGCCCGCAGCAACUCCAUCUCCACCUCCUCACUCAGGGUCGCCCCUGCGUCACCCGUGAAUCAGUUUGCUCAGACCAUGGGUCCAGAGCGAGCUCCACCGACGACGGACAAUUCGUGGAGUCGUCGUACGACUCCAGCGAUGUCAAACGACUUUUCAUUCGCUGACUCGUGGGAUCCGAGGUGCACUGCGACAUCGAACCGAAGGAGUGUGUGGCGUCGACUCACAGCAAAUGUCGACAAGUGCGUACUUCGAGUCGUCAGCAAGUUUUACCGAUAA